AUGGGGAAAAGGAAACGCGGUUUCGCAUAUCACAAAGAUCCAGCCAAUCUUAAACGUUUUAGAUCGGUUGUCGAGAAGUUUGUGGAGGAUGCUUCACCCGCGGUUGACCACGGCGACAGACCGUUGUCAUCCUCGCCAGGGAGGGUCGGUGGAGGCGGGGGGAGAGGUGUAGGAAGAGUAGGGGGACGGGGCAAGGAACAACUUCAGCAAGGGCGGGGACAGAACAGGAAACGGCGAAGACGUGAGGAGAGAAAGCUGAAGAAAGUAAAAAAUUUGGCGUUUGCCCAGAGAAAGCACGUUCCCAAUAUGGCGGAGUACCAGAAGAACAAGGAUAGUACAGCUGCAGAAAAGCGCGCAAAGAAACGAGAAGAGAAUCAGAAGACAAAUGAAGUGAAGAAGGCUACAAUGAAGAAAGAUAUUGCUGUGAAGAAAGAAGACACAAGAAAACAGGGUCUUUUAGAAGCUAACAAACAAGAUGAAAAGAUUCUCAAACAGCUGGAGAAACAAUUGAAGAUGAAGAAAAAACAACACUUGCCGAAAAGUUUCAUUGAUGAUGGCUUGGAUUACAUCCUGGAAGCGAUGGACUCUGACAAGCUAUACAGUACGUAUGGCCAGUACUCAGAUGAGGAUGAAGAUGAUGUACCAAAGAGAGCUGAUGCUAAAGUCAAUAUAGCAGAUGCCGGUGAUGCCUCAAGUAAUGAUGCUGCUGCUGAUGAUGAAGAUGACAUGAGUGAUGAGGAUUCUGAUGAUGAUAUGCUUUCUGGGAGUGUCAUCGAUUCUAAUGAUGGCAGCGAUGUCGAGGAAGAAGCCAAAAAAAUAACUCUGAUACAAACAGACUCAAACACUUCUACACGUAAAUCUAUUUUGAAACGAAAGGGUGAAAACAACCCCUUCAAGGAGAAGACCCCAAUAAAACAGAAAGGCCUGAAAAAAUCGGUAUCCUUUGAUGAGAGUGUCGGUGACAGUGAUAGUGACAGUGAAAUUGCUGAAAAUGAUGAUGAUAUUGAUGAUGAUGAUGAUGAUGAUAUGACUGAUGAGACUAAUAGUGAAAGAGAAAUAAUUUCAGAACCGAAGGUUACAUUGAGAGAAGAUAUAUAUGGUAGGCUUAGAGAUGAAGAUGGAAAUGUGGUUCCUGAGACCAAAUUGAGUGGGGCCUAUAUCCCUCCAGCAAAGAGGCUGGAAAUGGCUGAAAGUGAUGACAGCAAGAGGAGACUAAAGCUGGACAGGCUGAAAAAACAGCUGAAAGGUUUGGUGAACAGGGUGAGUGAAGCAAAUAUCCAGCCAAUCAGCAGCCAGAUAGAGGAAAUCUACAGGACCAAUAGCAGGGCUGAUGUCAGCGAGUCCCUGUGCAGCAUCAUCACAGAGGCAUGCGUUUCCACGGUGAUGACCCCUGAGAGGCUCACCAUGGAAUUGACCAUGUUAAUAGCCAUUCUCCAUGGAAAUGUUGGGCCUGAAGUGGGUGCAUGUUUUGUACAGAAUCUGGCAAAACUAUUGAAAAGUUUACAAGGAGAGGAUGACAAUGACGGGAAGCAAUUAGACAACCUCAUUUCCCUUUUUGCACACCUUUACAAUUUCAAGGUCAUCCACAGUCUCCUUGUUUUUGACAUUCUGAAAACGUUCACAGAAUCAUUUGCGGAAAAGGACAUUGAGUUGAUUUUGCUUCUUCUAAAAAAUGUUGGCUUUACGUUAAGAAAAGAUGAUCCCAGUGCACUGAAGGAAGUUAUCCUUCAAAUCCAGGCCAAGGCAAAUACUGUGGACACGUCCCAUUUUGUGGAGAAAUCAAGAGUGAAGUUCAUGCUGGAGACAAUCUUGGCCAUCCGCAACAACAACAUGAGAAAGAUCCCAAACUAUGACCCCACCCACCUGGAACACCUGAGAAAACUCAUACGCAAUUACGUCAGAGGUGGGAAGUUGACAGAUAACCAACUAAGGAUCUCUCUGAGUGACUUGAUGAGGGCUGAGGAGACCGGCAGAUGGUGGCUGGUGGGGAGUGCAUGGUCCGGUGGAUUGACAGACACUGUGUUCCAGAUGACGGACAGUUUGCCAGGCAGUGAAUCUAGCAGCAGUAUGGCCAUCUUGGAAUCCGCACGAAACCAAAGAAUGAACACUGAUACGAGGAAGGCAAUAUUCUGCACAAUCAUGGCCAGCGAGGAUUUUGUGGAUGCGUUUGAAAAGCUACUCAAGCUAGGUUUAAGACACAAACAAGAGCGAGAGAUCAUUUAUGUUGUGGUGGACUGUUGUUGUCAGGAGAAAACUUUCAACCCAUUCUAUGCCUAUCUCCUGCAGAAAUUCUGCGAAUAUGACCGCAGGUUUCAGAUGACAUUCCAAUUUCAUCUUUGGGACAAGUUCUCACUUUUGAGCCAACUCUCAGAGCAGAACUUGAAUAACCUGGCAAAACUGCUGACUCAUCUUCUGGCCACUAAAGCUAUUUCUUUGUCUGUUCUAAAGACUGUUGAAUUUGGGACACUGGAGAAGCCUAUGGUGCGUUUCUUGAAGACUGUUCUACUAGGAAUUCUAUUGGACCAUCCUGAUCAUGUGACCAGUGAUGUGUUUUCACGGAUUGCACCGUUGUCCAAACUACACAUGCUCCAGGAAGGACUAAAACUAUUUAUGCACCAUUUUCUGUUGAAAUCCAAGAAGAACAAAUCGCUAGACUCUAGCAAUGUGUUGGCGGAGAGGAUAAAACUGGCUGAGAAGUCGCUGUCCUCGGGCCAGACAGACGUGUUGUUAUGAUGAACAGUGAGUCAAGACAUCUACAAGUGGCUGGUGUACCAUUUUCAUCAACAACAAUAAAA